UUUGUUUGCCGUAUUCUAUCGGAAAUCGGCUUCAUUUCUAUGAUUAAAUAAUGUUGGUUCAAGCUGCGAGUGUUUUUGAUAAUAUAUUGAUAACUAGACUGCAGCGUAGCUUUCGUUAAUACAUAUGCCUAGUUUGUGAAUAUGGCAUCUGGGCAUGGCCAAAGCAGUUGUCCUGCAUCAACUUCUACUACCCCUCAACGAAUUAGACCUUUGAAGCGUCAACAUCCGACAGUCAUGAAUGGUGUGGAUUCUGCAUCUGAAGACAAGUAUUUUUUUUGUCCUAUUUGUUUUGAUGUGAUAGAGGCAGCACACAUGACUGAGUGUGGACAUACAUUUUGCUAUGGCUGUAUUACUAAGUCUUUGGAGACAAAUGGACAUUGCCCCAAGUGCAACGUUGCUGUUGAUGGAAUGGAACAUGUUUACCCAAAUGUUUUGCUAAAUCAAUUGAUCUCAGAAUAUAAAUCACGUUUACUAGGUAUUAGAGACUUAAAAUUAAAAGGAAAAAUUGGUGAUCAGAUACAAGGUCCAGCAGAUGGCCUUAGGAAUCUUGUAGCAUCAAAGUCUCAAAACUUGUCUCUGCCUGAUAUUAACUUGAUCCUAGAGGUGUUAACACAGAGGAAACAUUUAUUGGAAGCAGAGUCAUGUGUGGCUCAGAACAAGCUGUUGUACGAAUUUCUGAAACAUCUACUGCAACAGAAAGAGGAGCAAUUGACACAGCUUACAAAAGAAGUAGAGCUGAUAAAGCGAGACAUGGAGGAGGUUGAAGGAAUACUGCGAGAUGUUCAGAACAAAUGUCCUAAACUAGAUGAGUCUAUAGGGCCCACCACAACAAGUGAAAAUGUGAAGAAAGAGGCUGUUGCUAGUACUAGUUGUAUUUCUGAUGAUCUGCUGAAAGAGCAAGCUAGUAGUGGCGAUGGAGCUUCUGUUUAUGAAUGCUCAAAUGAAGCUCAGAAAAAUGACAUUACUGCAUCAUUUUCGACCAGAAGAAAACGAAUGCAUGCACACUUUGACGAUUUUGUUCAGUGCUACUUUUCAACUCGUUCUAAGGAAUUAGUUUUUGGUUGUGGAGACAGAGCCACGGACAACAGCAGGUUCUCUGCAGGCUCAGGGUUGGAUGUGUUCCGUGAAAAUCUGGUUAAAUUUUCUCGUUACAACACUUUACGACCACUGGCAACGCUCAACUAUUCUAGUGAUAUAUUCAACAGUUCUACCAUAGUGUCCAGCAUUGAGUUUGACAAGGACAAUGAAUUUUUUGCAAUUGCUGGUGUGACUAAGCGUAUCAAAGUGUUUGACUAUGGUAUCGUGAUUCGGGAUGCAGUUGACAUUCAUUACCCAUGUGUGGAGAUGACCUCAAAUUCAAAGAUAUCAUGCAUUAGCUGGAACUCUUAUCAUAAAGGAACAUUAGCCAGUAGCGAUUACGAGGGCACUGUCACGGUGUGGGAUGCGGUCACGGGCCAGAGGACAAAGACUUUCCAGGAACAUGAGAAACGUUGUUGGAGUGUGGAUUUUAACGAUGUGGAUACACGGCUCAUAGCGUCUGGAUCUGACGAUGCUAGAGUUAAAUUAUGGUCCCUCAACAUAGAACACUCCAUUGCAACAUUAGAGGCAAAGGCUAACGUAUGUUGUGUGAAAUUUAAUCCACAAAGCUCUUGCCACUUGGCGUUUGGUUCUGCAGACCAUUGCGUACACUACUAUGAUCUGCGAAUCAUGAAGGAAGCACUUUCUGUCUUCAAGGGCCAUCGAAAGGCCGUUUCAUACGUCAAGUUCCUCAACAAGGAAGAAAUAGUGUCCGCCUCGACGGACAGCCAACUGAAGAUGUGGAACAUCAACAAUCCACACUGUCUGCGAUCCUUUGUUGGUCACAUCAACGAGAAGAACUUUGUGGGGCUGGCGACAGACGGGGACUACGUGGCUUGCGGGUCGGAGAACAACGCACUUUAUGUAUACUACAAGGGCCUGACCAAGCAGCUGUUUAACUUCAAGUUCGAGCCGGUUAGGAGUGUGGUGGAACGGGAGAGGAAGGAAGAUGACGUGAACGAAUUUGUGUCUGCGGUUUGCUGGCGUCAGCAUUCUAAUGUUGUCGUUGCUGCAAAUAGCCAAGGAAUUAUUAAAGUUUUGGAAUUGGUGUAAAUAUA